AUGAUUCUAAACCCCGACGCACACGUGAUCCUAGCCGGGCCGGCUGAUGAAGACGCGCCGGCAGAUGAAGACGGAGAGGGUAGAGCUGAGGACGAGGAGGAGGCCAUCGAUGCUGGCAGUGGUGCAUCCUCUUCUUUCAGUAGCACCUCCGUGCAGCUAAUCAGGUCGGAAAAGCAAGAAGAGUAUCAAGAUCAUACUCGCGGGACUAGAGUUGUACUAGACGACAGCACCACAGCGACGAGCCAGCUCGGCGGGGUGUCCUCUGGUGUCAAAAAUAAGGGAGCACUACAAGUGCAGGAAGGGCAUCCGCAUCGGCGCAAGGACUACGAGGAGCAGCACAAAAGAAAGAGAGCAAAAACAGCAAGUCACACAACAAGCACGUCCGAAAUACUACAAGCUGGAACAUCUACUUCGCACCAGCUACAGAGCGAAAGCAGAAACAAUUUGAAUCUAGCAGCGGAGCCCGCAGCUGGGGAGGCGGCAGUGUUUGGGCAGGUAGGAAGCGGAGUAAGCACGACGUCCCCAGCUCCUCAUAGUACAAGUCGAAAAGUUCAUCUGGGAACCCCGUAGGUAUGACAAACUUUGACCGCAGAAGUCGUGCUCGACCUCCUUGGCUAUGCCGCAUCUUAUCCUGGAUUUCUAUUUUUCAGCAUCUAUGUUCUAGAUUUCGGUUUAGCAUCUUCAAAAAUUAACGCUCUUAUCCUGUGUUACGAGCAUGACUAGAUCCAAAACACGACUAGAAAAUCUUCCUCACGGAACUGCGAUUGAGAGAUGACUGGGUCCGGGACGAUUACAUGCAGAUUUACAUGACAAAUACGGAACAACGGGGACGGUUUUGCACCGCAUAGCAGGAGCAGUUUGUCAAUGACGUGUGUACCAAGGACACGGAGACGCUCACCACAAAUGGGACGGCGCUCUGCAAAGCGGCGACUUGCACCAAAACCGACGACGCGGAAGCCUGUUGCGACCCGGUUCCGGAAUAUCAAAUGUAAAAGUGUCUGGGUCUGGAAGAUUAGAACUUGUCAUGCUAAAUCCGAGUGAUGCAAAAAUCUGUGUUGCGUGAGUACCAAAAGCUGUCCGCUAUUGACCAAGUUGAGAGGGAGUUUCUCAUGCAGGAAAGGCAUGAUAGAGACCUCAAAAAAUAUGUCAUGCUGGGUCUCGCAUUCCAGACCUCAUGGGUCAUGGAAAACCUGCAUCACAAAUCUUGCAUUCUUCCAGACCCAGACAUUUUUACACUUGAUACGGAAGCAAAAAAGGAAGAAGACGAGGAGGACGCUGCGGUGGCUGCCGCAACGGCCGCGGGGUAUCAAAUGCACAAAUGUCUGGGUCUGGAAGGUUGGAACUUGUGAUGCUAAAUCUGGAUUAUGAAAAAAUUUGUGUUGCAUAACUGGCAAAAGCUGUCCGCUUUUGACCAAGUUGGGAGUGAGUUUGUCAUGCAGGAUAGGCAUGAUACAGUCUCACAGAAUCUGUCAUGCUCGAUCCUGCAUUUCAGACCCCCUGCGUCAUGUUGAACCUGCAUGACAAAUCUGGCAAUCAUCCAGACCCAGACAUUUUUGCAAUCCAUACGGGGAGCAAGAUCGCAAUGUUAGGAGUGCUACGUAUAAUGCAAAUAUCGAUCUGGGUCUGAAAAGAAAAAGAAUUUGUGAUGUCGAGCUGUGGAUAAGGAAAGCAAAAGCAUGAUAUCUUGUACUGAAGCGGCCAAGCAUCAGCAUGAGAAGGUUCGCUCUGCACCCUUCAUGCGUGGUAGAUAGUAGAGUGCGCAUUGCAGCAUUUUGCUCUCUCUUGCAGGGUGACAAUCGCUUUUAUUGGUCCUCAGGCUCUACAGAAAUGGGUUCGACGGGUAUUAAGAUGAAGUAAGACCAGCAUUUUUGCAAGUGUCACUUUCUCUUUCAUUCGGAUGCGGCUCGAUAUAAUUCGCAGGGGAUAAGUGCCCGUGGCGAUAGGGGUGUUCGCGUACGUGGCUUUCAAUGCGGAGGGUGCGGACGACCCGGGGGUGCAGUAUUAGUGGACAUGUCGUGCACGUAUCACCCGGUUGGUUACAAGACUUUCUGAAACUGCUGUGUGAUUGAGAAAAAGACGGAAGCUGUCUGAUGAGCCAUGUUGUCCGACACUUGUUGGAAGGAGUAGGACUCCAUUCAGUUCUUCUUCUUUCAUCUUCAUGCCAACAGGCGUCCGCCUACGCAAUUCGUGGCUUUUUCGUAGACGAAUUCUAUUUGUGCCUGCAGUUGGUGAAGAAAAAACACGGACAU